AUGACCAGACAACUCCACAGCAAGACCAGAUUUUUAUCGAAUUUUCAGAUCACCAGAACCGCCGCCGGAUGGAACGCCAAGCUGCGGGAGCUUUCCAAGCAAGGCCAAUUCGAAGAAGGCCUGGGGGUUUACCGGCAAAUGCUCCGCUCCGGUGCCACCCCAAACGCCUUCACUUUCCCGUUUGUCCUCAAGUCUUCCGCCGCGCUUUCCCUUACUGUCGCCGGCGAAUUACUCCAUUGCCACGUGGUUAAGUCUGGGUGCGAACCCGAGCCGUUUGUUCAGACGGCGUUGAUUUCUAUGUACUGCAAAUGCGGGGUAGUGGAAAAUGCUUACAAAGUGUUCGACCAAAGUCCUCAGUCAAGAAAGCUCACGGUUUGUUACAAUGCUUUGAUAGCUGGGUAUGUUAAGAACUCUGGUUUCAGGAAAGGGUGUUUAUUGUUUCGUGAAAUGAGGUCAAUGGGAGUGGCUUUCAGUGCAGUUACCAUGUUGGGGCUGGUUCCAGGCUGCACUGCUCCCAUGCUUUUGGGUGUUGGUAUGUCAUUGCAUAGUAUGAACAUUAAAUGUGGUUUGGACACUGAUUUGGCUGUUUUAAACUGCUUAUUGACAAUGUAUGUGAAGUGUGGGUCGAUUGAAUUUGCGAGGAAGUUGUUUGAUCACAUCCCUGAAAAGGGUUUGAUCACUUGGAAUGCAAUGAUCACUGGCUGUGCCCAAAAUGGGCUUGCUGCACUAGUCUUGGAGCUUUACUGCAAGAUGGAAUUGUCAGGAAUCUGUCCUGAUGCAAUGACCUUUGUUGCGGUUUUGUCAGCCUGUGCUAAUCUUGGUGCUCAAAGAACUGGUUUUGAGGUGGAACAGAAAAUCGAGUCUUGUGGGUUAAGGUUCAACACGUUUUUGAAGAAUGCUUUAAUCAACAUGUAUGCAAGAUGUGGUAAAUUGGCAAGAGCUCGGGCUAUAUUUGAUGAGAUGCCGGAGAAAAACCUGGUGUCGUGGACUGCCAUAAUUGGUGGAUAUGGAAUGCAUGGGCUAGGAGACACUGCAGCAGAGAUCUUCGAUGAGAUGAUAAACAGCGGCGUUAAACCUGAUGGGACGGUGUUUGUUAGCGUCUUGUCUGCUUGUAGUCAUGCAGGAUUGACUGAUAAGGGCUUAACCUAUCUUGCUAUGAUGGAAAGAGAUUUUGGAUUAAAGCCAGGUUCAGAGCAUUAUUCCUGCAUUGUUGAUCUUUUAGGCCGGGCAGGUCGCCUGCAGGAGGCAUUUGAGCUUAUUGCUGAUAUGAAAGUUGAACCCGAUGGAGCUGUAUGGGGUGCGCUAUUGGGAGCGUGUAAGAUCCACAAAAAUGUCGAGCUAGCUGAGCUCGCGUUUAACAAGGUUGUUGAGCUUGAACCCAUGAAUACAGGCUAUUACAUACUGUUAUCUAACAUCUACACGGAGGCAAAGAAUUCAGAAGGCAUACAAAGAGUGAGAGUGAUGAUGAGAGAUAGAAAGCUUAAAAAGGAUCCGGGCUAUAGCUAUGUUGAACUCAAAGGGAAGAUUCAUCUCUUUGUUGCUGCAGAUAGAAGCCACCCUCAACUGAAAGCGAUACACGACAUGUUGGAGAGACUAGAAGAGUCGUUAAACACGCUUGCAGGACCAGAGAAGAUGGAGGAAAAAAUCAUAAAUCAAGAACAUAGAAGCAGCGCGAGGCUGCAUAGCGAAAGGCUGGCAAUUGCAUUUGCCCUCUUGAACACUAACAUGGGAGCUGACAUCUUGGUUAUAAAGAACCUGAGGAUAUGUGCAGAUUGCCAUUUCUUUUUAAGGCAGGUAACUAAAGUUUUGGAAGAUCGUUUGUUCGUCGUGAGAGAUGCAACUCGAUUUCACCAUUUCAGAAAUGGAGCCUGUUCCUGCAAUGAUUAUUGGUGAUACUGAAAAAUGAAAAUGCAUAUGCACUCUUGAAAGCCAAAUAGGCUUUCACAUUGCAACUAAAAUUCGCCGUUUUAUUUAUCUGUUGUCCAAAACUCGAAUAAAAGUUUUGAGUUCAACUUGAUUA